AUGCAGAAUCGUCGCAAGCGAGUGCUCAGCAAAACGCUUCAGAGAGUCUUACCCACACGCCUGCCUCAGAUGCUGGUCUUGAUUCUAUCAUGCCUUCUGCCCGAUAGACCGUUCUGUAUAUUCAAUAUUUUUUGUAUAUAUGACGAACAAUACAAUAUUCUUUUCCUUAAUAGAUUUCUUUUAAUAUUACGAUCUGUUACCGAACUACAACCAGUUUCAUGCUCCUUAAAAACCUUCCUUGUUUGCUUGCAAUGUCUGAUUUUCGGUUGCGACUUGAAAAAAUUCCACGACAUACCCACAUUCCCUACCGUCUCCCAAUUUGCGAAAAUAUAG